CCAUGGCAGGGGGUGGCACUGAAUGAUGGCUUUGAGGUCCUUCCCACCCAAACCAUCCUGGAAUUCUGUGAUUCCCUGAUUUGGGCCAUGGACCAGCAGGGCUGAGAGAUGCUGCUGGGGGCUGACACGGGCCCGGUGUCCCUGUGACAAGGACCUGGUUCCAGGAGUUUCCAGGGGACUGUUUCCUGUGUGCCCAUUGCAAGGCACUAGAGCAGGAGGAGAGGUUAAUUACAGCCUGUGCUAAUUGCAUCCAUGAAAACACCUCAUGCAACACAACCCCUGGCUGCCAACUGGGCCAAGGGCUGGCACCUCCUGCAGCCCGGGCUGGAAGCUGCGGGUGGCAGAGCUCAGCCCCCCAGGCACUGUGGGGACCUUGGGGACAGAUGCUGGGCCUUGGGAGGGGAAGGGCAGAGGGGCUCCUGCUGCACAAAUUGAGCAGGGCUGGGGAGCACUGGUGCCACAUUCCUGCUGUCAUUCCAGGUGGGAGAUGUCUUCCAAUAAUCUGAUGCUCUGCAGGGUGAGGUUUGGGUGCUAGCAGGUGACUGUGACCAGCCUGGCUGGGAUGAUGGCCAUGGACCAGGAGCAGCUCCUGCUGUCCCCCCCAGCUGAGACUCCCUUUCCCAGGGCUGGCAUCCCUGUAGCCAGCAGAGAUUCCCAGGACAGGGACACUUUUGUGCACAGCAGAUCGGAUCUUACCAGUCUGGAGUCACUGCAGUGGCUCUUAACAGCCCGGGAGCGCCCUGUCAGCGCUGACACCUCGGGUGACUCAGGGUCCCGCCAUGACUCAUGGCCACUCUCCACCCUUGGAGGGGUGUCCUGCUUCCACCUGAGCCGCUCCAUCCCCAGGGAUGAGAUCCACACCGAGCCUUUCCCUGGGCCAGCCCCAGCCGCCCACGCAGGAUCCUCCUGAUUCACCUGCCACGCUCCUGGCAGCCCCGGCCACUCGCUCGGAUCCCGUCCCAGCCGUGGGCUGAGCUUGGGGCGGCCCCAUGGACGUGCUGCUGCUCCACGGGCUGCUGCUCCUGCCCCUGGCAGCGCUGCUGCUCUACAGGUGCAGCCCCCGCUUCCAGUACCUCUGCAAGGUGGCCUUUUUCAACUGCUGGAUCGUGGCCAUGGCCACCCUGCUGUCCCCCUUUGCCGCCUUCCGGGGACGCUCCGUGGACAACAUGAAGCUCCUGCGCGCCGCGCUCCUGCCCCUCAAGCGCUUCUACGGCAUCAGGAUGCGGGUGAGGGGCGCGGAGCAGCUGCAGCUGCAGGGGCCCUUCGUGAUCGUCUGCAACCACCAGGCUUCCCUGGACCUCAUGGGAAUGGUGGAGGUGAUUCCCGAGCGCUGUGUGCCCAUCGCCAAGCGGGAGCUGCUGUACCUGGGCACGGUGGGCUGGGCCUGUUGGCUCAGUGGCAUCAUCUUCAUCGACCGCCACCGCAGGGACGCGGCCAUCGAGGUCAUCUCCCACACUGCCAGCACCAUGCGGCACGAGAACCUCCGUGUGUGGGUUUUCCCCGAAGGCACCAGGAACCCUGGCAAAUCCAUGCUGCCCUUCAAGCGUGGGGCUUUCCACCUGGCCGUGCAGGCACAGGUUCCCAUUGUUCCCAUUGUGAUCUCCCCGUACUGGAACUUCUUCAGCUCUGAGGAGAAGAGAUUCACCUCUGGGACCUGUACCAUCCGAAUCCUUCCCAGGGUGGAAACAAGGGGCCUGAGCCCAAAGGAUGUCCCCGAACUGACCGAGAGUGUCCGCCAGGCCAUGGCUGAGGCCCUGGCCGAGAUGUCCAUGAGUGACCACGGGGACCAGGCCAUGGAGCAGCCUCUGCUGGGGCUGGGGGACAACAGGGGCAGGCCCCAGGGCCAGGGGGACACAGCCAGGAACAGCAAAUAGGCAGAGGGAGUGAGUCCCUCGGGCACAGCAGGGAGGUGUCCCUUGUCCCCUGAGGAGGUGUCCUGCAGCCCUGCCACCGCCCCGGCAGGACGGUGCCCUAAGGGGAGCAGAGCAGGGCAGGAUGGGACCAGGCAGCACCCCCAAAACAGAGCAAGGUGCCCCCUGAAACCCCUCGUUGUGACUGUGCAUCCCCUCGAUGUCCCUGCUGGACGUGGAGCUGUGGCUGUCCCCAGGAUGGCUCCUGCCUGCUCGCUGGGCAGGGCAGGGAUACUCCAGGCAGGGCUGAGGGUUCCCAGCCCCAUUUCCCACACCUGAUUGUUUGGUUCCCCCAUGGAUUCUCCUUCCAAAGGCUCCUACAAGCUGGAAAUGCUGCUUGGGUGCAGUCAGCUCUGGGGAGGGGCCCAGACUGUGUGGCCUGGGGGACACACGAGGUCCAGGGGAGGUUGCCUGGAGGGGCAGAGCACCCUUGGAGCUGAGCUGUGAGCCAAGGGUAGGACAUUAAAGAGUCUGGAGCUGG